AUGCUAGCAAGUAUGAAACGCCAUGCUUUUCACGUCGUUAUAGUCGAUGUCGAACAGAAAGAUCGGACGCGGUUUUGGGCAAAUUAUGGUUACCAUGAAACUGACGAUGUUGGGAAAAAGAUGGAAUUAGCGCAAAUCACGUUGCACGACCACGCGGUGACUAAAAUGGCACGAAAAAGAGAAGCUGAUGAUGAUGGAGAGCACAUGUCGGCACGCCUAGAUUUCUGCCAGCAGAUCAUAGUGUACAACGUAAUUGUCACCACUUAUGCCCUACUGUACGUACCGAUGACAGUAGGAAAGCCGAUACGCCUUGUCCUACGAGAGACUAAGAUACUCGUAACAGUCGCAGCGAAAAUUGUACGAUACGGCUGCUUAGCUUUCUGCCGAAGACUCAGACGAAGAGGCAAGGCUUCUCACACCGAUCGUAUUACAGCAGCUCUAGACAUACUGACGAUCACAUAUGACAACGACGUGCCAUCGUUCAGGAAGCCAAGAAUGGUGCUCAGUAACGCUGUCAGGUCUUCUCAGGUUGAAUUCCUUCCAACAGGAAGCAUGCUUACGAUUGACGAAACGAUGUCUAACCCUAAUGAAAAACUCUAUCAAGCCAAGUCUCCUAACAUGUCGAACCAUGACGACAGCGAACAACGCGACAUCGAGUCACCAGAUUCGUAUCGUCAUGACCCCGAGUUCGAAGACGACCUCCGGAAUCAACUGCAAUGA